CUGGUUGGGGAGGAAGACAACCUCCUACGGGAAGUGGUAAAUGGGAUGACUCUACUAGGGUUACAGGAGGGGUAUUAAAUUGGAUUGGAGGGCCGUCUGGGCACGAUCAUAAUAGUGGUCACCACCAUAGUCAUGACAAAGGAAGUGGAAGUUGGGGAAAUACUGGUCCAGGAUGGAGUAGUGGGGGUGGUAGUAGUAAUCCCUCGAGUGGAUGGGGAGGAGGAAGUAGUCACACUAGCAAUGGUGGAUAUGCCUCAGGAUGGAGUUACAAUCAUCCUAAAGAUUCUCAAUCUUGGAAUAGCAAAGGGCCACCAUCUCAAUGGGGGUACAGUAUGCCCAGAGAUCCAAUAUCUGCUCAAUGGGACCUUAUGCGUCCUGGAAAUCCGAGCUGGAAUCAAGGAGGAGGAUGGAACCAGGGUUCUGGAGGAGGGUGGCAACAGGGUGGAUCUUCGGGUGGCUGGAGUCAAGGAGGAUCAGGCUGGACAGACAUACCAACCGCACCAGGCUGGAGCCAAACUCACACACAUGGAUCAGGAUGGAGUCAAAAUCAACCCCAAGGUGGAUGGUCUCAAAAGCCUAGUUGGGGACAGGGAGGAAAUUCAGGCUGGAAUCAGGCGGGCUCAUCUGGUUGGUCAAAAGGUCCUCCACAAGGUUGGGCUCAAGGUCCUCCACAAACGAAACCAGGAUGGGCUACUAGUCAACCGGAUCCUGGUUGGAAUCAGGGGUCUACUGGACCUGGGUGGUCUUCGAACUCAAAAGGUCAAGGUUGGGGUGGCGGUGGAAGUUGGAGUCAAGGUUCUGGAUCAAAUUGGAAUCAAGGGACUUCAAAUUCUGGAUGGAACCAGGGAGGGUCUGGGCAAAGCUGGGGUCAACGUCCAUCAGGAUGGAAUCAACCUCCCACGGGUUCAGGAUGGAGCCAGGGAGGUUCUGGAUCUUCAUGGAAUCAAGGGUCUGGAGGUCAAGGUCCAACUGCCAUUGGAGGUGGAGGCUCCUGGAGUCAGGGGAGGUAGCUCUUGGAACCAAGGACCUCACGAUCACGAUCACCACGGAGCUCACGAUAAGCCUGGAGGUUCCAAGUGGAACUAUGGUAUACCGACUCCUGCCCCGCGUCCCAGCUGGAGUUAUAACGAACCUUUACAGCCUAGUUGGGCUCCCGGCUACAAGGACGAUUGCAGAGGAGGAGUGCACGACCACUCUCACGGGCACGAUGACCACGGCAGCUCUAGCCGAAGGGGUGGUGGAGGGGGUAACUACUACGAUGACGAACGAGGCAGCUACCCCUCCGGAUCGGAGUACGACGCUCGGCGUCGGCCAGCAUACAAUGGACAUAGUGGGGUGGGAGCCGAUAUCGAGUACCCGGAGCCGUACCACAGACGAAGUAACGGCACCUCGCCCCACCAGGAGGACCAGCAGACCGCCACUGCCACCGCAAUCACCACCACUGCCAAGGCGUGACCUCCACAUCUCCGGAGCCAUCGGUAUAGUGCUGUUCUUCAGCGGAGCUUGGUUCUCGAAGAGCCAAUUUGGUUUUAUUAUUCAAGCACCAACCUUUCCUUACUGUCUCUAAAUUUUGGUAAACUCAAUCUUCAAGGAAUGUAGGAACACGAUUCCUAUGUGAAUAUUUACAGCCAUAAUCUAAAUGUAAUAAAAAAUCAUUGACAUGUUACUAUCUAUAAUGAAAAAUUCAGUGGACUUAUAUCCAAUGCAAUCAGAGAACAAGUUUGAAAUGCCAAGGAUGAACAUUGAUUUUAUUUCCAUAGUGUAAAAAAGGAGAUUCUCUAUUCAGAACAUUGCAAAGUAUAUAUUUUAGAUUUUAAACUAAAAAAAAGACGAAACUGCAGUACCUGUAUUACUCGUGGUUUAAACGAAAUUAUUUUUGAUAUCAACAAAGUUACGUAACAAGAUUAAAUUACUUACAAACUACUACAAAAAGAUUAGUACUGAACAUUUAUUCAGGCAGAUCCAAAUUCUUCAGAAAGGCUCUUCAAAUUUAUACAAGUGCAAUAAUGUAUUAGGCCUGUUAAAUACACUAUACUGUUGUAAAGCCAAAGACUAAGUAAUAUUUAUAUGUAGCUUUUAAUAUUUAAUAAUAGAUGUAAUUAAUUUUAUCACGCUCACUGCCAGCUUAUGUAGCGCAGGUAUGUGAUAUAUUUUAGAUACAUUUUAGAACAUUAAAUUACUGUAGUGGCGCUCUGUCAUUAUUUCUUGUUUCAAGAUAUACAAGAGAUACAUUUAUACGUAUAUUUAAGUUAAUAAACUGAUGUAUGAGUACUUUCUACAUCUGUUUGAAAUUUUAUUACAUUAUAAUGUGGGGUACAAGAAAGAUAUGAGUUGUACGUUAUAAAACACUUUUAUUGAAGUAGUAAUUAAAUGAAUUAUUGUAAGAUAUUAAAAGUAGUGAGUGAUAUAAAACAAAAUCAAAAAUAGCAUUAUAAGACGCUCGGAGUACCAUAGUGUAUUACAGGAAUAUUGAAAACUAAUUUAUUUGAUUUAUUGUAAACUUUCUGGCAAUGCGAGAUGAAGGAAAAGAAGUACAUAUAAUUGUAAUGAAUAUUAUAUGCUAUUUUACGAUACUGUCCAUGUUACGUAAAACUCUUUCGUAACAACAUCCGACUGGCAAUAGACGGCUACUUCCUUGUCAAAUAUUGCUUGUACCGGAACAAAUACAAUCAAGUCAAAGUUACUACCGACGCACUGCCCCCUCGACUGUAUCUCCGCUCUUCAUCAGUCAACAGUUCCGUGGCUUACUUCCUGCUGUUCGACAUCUUGUUUUCCCCUCCCGGGAAACUUCUGACCGUAUUUAUUUACACAUUUUCUCGAGCCCUCCCGCAUUAAAUGUCAACGUUUUCGAAAUGUUCAGUUGUACGGUUUAAAAAUGAAGUUCUUGAUUUGAAUGUAGUUUAAAUUCGUACAAUACAAAACAGUGUACGUUUGUGUGCUGCACAAGAUUGCAGAAUCUUUUUUAAUGUAUUUCACUGUUUACUUUAUCAUUAAGUCUGUGAUUUUGUAGUCUGUAAUGCAUAAAAUAAAUAUAAAAUGGAGUGAAA